GAAAGUACUCAAAGUCGGAUUGUUUUGCAGUUCCGUGUACCUAUGUUUAUAUCAAAACUGCGGUAAAAUUUUCUGAAAGUUCAUUUGAAGUUAACAAAUUCUACAAAUUCUGCUACAGGAGCGAUGUCGAAACAGUAUGGAUUAAUUGAUCCAAAGAUUAACAAGGGGAAGAUAGCGAAAAAGCUUGCUGUGUUCGACAGUGAAUCUGAUUCGGAUUCUCAAGACCAAAAACGGACGAUAAAUGCAGAACUCGGUGAAAGUCAAAAACGCCAAAUCAGAGUCGUCCAAGAGAGAGCACUUGCCGAAGAUCCAACGAUAUAUCAGUAUGAUGAGUUGUACGACGAAAUGGAUAAUAAACGAAAAGAAGCAAAAACCGAUAAAUCAAAAGAGGAUCGAAAGCCGAAAUAUAUUAACAAAUUGCUCGAAACUGCUGAGAAACGUAAAAAGGAUCUUGAGAGACGUAUCGAACGCCAGGUACAGAAAGAGCGCGAGGCGGAAGGCGAAAUGUACAAAGAUAAGGAAUCAUUUGUUACUUCUGCCUAUCGGACAAAGCUGGAGGAGAUGAAAAAAGCAGAUGAAGAGGAGAAACGCGAAGAGUAUCUAGAGAGCAUUGCGGACGUUACAAAACAAAGUGAUUUGGGGGGAUUUUACCGACAUAUUUAUUCACAGAAAAUUGGUGAAACUGGUUCAAAAAAAGAAGUUAACGAUGAUGAGAAGAACCAAUGUGAUACUGGUAAUGUUGAGGAAACAAAGGAUCAACCUCAAAUAUCAGAUGAGAAUACUGAACAAAAUUUUAUUAAAGAUAAACAGGUUGGUACUUGCCAUUCAAGGCGAUAUCGCAAGCGGCAUUCAGAUGAGGAAGGAAAUCUUGACGACGAAAAAAAUGAUUUAUCAAAAAAAGUUCAUUUACAGUCUAAUUUGGACGCUGAUUCAGAUUUCAGUAUUGAUUCUCACAGCAACAGUAGCGAGAAUGAGGACAGCGACGACGAUAAUCAUAAUGAAAAAGUCAACGAAAAGGAGACCGAAAGCGCUGAAAUGACACCGACGAAAAAAGACCACAAUGAAACCAAGCAACCUUCAAAUGGAGUAGAGGUAGAUCAGUCCAAUAUUCCGAAUGAAUCUGCCGGUAUUAAAUCUGAAGUUUGCAACGAAACGAAAACAGAAUUGAAGGAAAGGAAACUCAAAAUUGAUAUUUGGAAAAAACGAACAGUUGGAGCUGUUUUUGAUUCAGCUUUGCAACGGUAUUACGAACGAAAGGCAUCUCGAGAGUCGGGUUAAUAUUUGAAUUAAUCUAAAACAAUGUCAAUGUUUGCUUACAUUAUAAAAUCAUUUGUAAAUAAACGGGUUUGACACAUC